UCUCGCCGAUGGAAAUGGAGCAAAACGCAGGUCCACUAAUCCUAGGAGUACACCACAGGGAGAGCCGGAGAGCAACCGUUACAGACUUUGGGAGGUUGGAGACACGAACCCAAUACCGCGGCCCUGCCAGCGACGGCCUCGUUGACGUUGGCGCCACCGGAGGUGGAGAUGGAGCCGGAGUCCGAUGCCAUGGCCCUCGCGUCGGACGCCGCGGCGCCUGAGCUCCCGUCGUCGCAGCUCGGUGGAAUCUUUUGUCUCUGCUCAUCUGCCAACAGUUGGUACUGGAAUUGUAUCUGAACAAUGCAUUGAACAUGACUGUUUGCUUAUCUACCAGAUUUUUUCAAGACAAGAGUUCGAUUAUUAUGUGAUAGCAACAUGGGAGAUUUUGAUGCUUGGGUAUCAUUAAUAAAUGCUGCAGAUGGAACAUCAGCAGAUGACAUAGACGUCAUAAGCUUGGUGUACCAUAGCUUCUUGUUGGAAUUUCCUUUGUGCUAUGGUUACUGGAUCAAGUAUGCAGCUCACAAGGCACGACUAUGCACAACCAGAUAUGUAGUGGAUGUUUACGAACAAGCUGUCCACGCUGUACCUCAUUCUGUUGAUAUUUGGGUCAGUUACUGUGGGUUUGGUAUAUCUGCAUUUGAAGAACCUGCUCAUAUCAGAAGUUUAUUCGAGAGGGCUUUAUCUCUUGUUGGAAAGGACUAUUUGUGUUAUCACCUGUGGGACAAGUAUAUAGAAUUUGAAACCUCUCAGAAGCAGCUGAUUCAGCUUGCCACCAUUUAUAUCAACACACUGAAAUUUCCCACAAAGAAGUUGCACAUGUAUUAUGAAAGUUUUAGAAAGUUUGUAACAUUAUUGGAACAAGAGGUGACAAGUUGUGUUGCUGAAAUUUUAUCAGAAGAAAUGCAUGCUUCUGAAAUGAUAGGCGCUGAAGAUUCUGAAUUGGAUAUAUCAACUAUUAUUGCUAACUUAUUUGACCAAAAAGGUGGGCAUCUUAGUCCUGAAACAUUGAAGCAUUACUUAUCUGCUGGGGAGAGGCUCUACAAAAGGUCCAGCAAGAUUUACAAAGAAAUCUGUUACUUUGAGGCAUCCAUAAAAAGGCCUUUUUUUCAUGUCAAGACACUUGAUGAUGAUCAGCUUGAAAACUGGCACCAGUAUCUUGACUUUGUUGAGAAGAAUGGGGAUUUUGACUGGGCUGUAAAACUUUAUGAGAGGUGCUUGAUCCCUUGUGCUAAUUAUUCGGAGUUUUGGAUCCGCUACGCAGAGUAUGUUGAUGCUAAUGGCGGCCAAGAAAUUGCAAACCAUGCUCUGGAUCGAGCAUCAUCAUGUUUUGUAAAGGAAGUUCCAACUUUCUGCAUGUAUUAUGCGUUAUUUAAAGAGCAAAUUGGUGAUGCACUGGCUGCGCGCUCUCUUUUUACUAAAGCAAGAAGUUACUUCAGUUCAGGGUUUUAUGCAAAUAUUAAUAGGCUGGCUAACAUGGAAAAACGAAUGGGAAAUACUAAAGCAGCUUCUGAGAUAUAUGAGACAGCAAUUGAGGAUGCAAUACAGAAGAAGAAUAUAGAGUUGCUUCCUGACCUGUACAGCAAUUUUGCUCAGUUCAUAUAUGCAGCAAGUCAUAGCAUUAUUGAGGCUAAACAAGUCUUUGUCAAGGGAAUAAAUCGUGUACCCUGUAAACCAUUGAUUAAGGGAUUCAUACAGUUCAUGAGUACACAUGGAGGGCCUAAAGACAUACCUCUUCUUGAUUCUGUUAUUUCUAAUGCCGUGACUCCAGGAUCUGAUGUAUCUACAGCCUUAAGCACAGAGGACCGUGAAGAUAUCUCAUUGUUGUUUUUGGAGUUUGUUGACCUCUAUGGGGGUAUUAAAGAACUCAGAAAGGCGUGGGCUCGGCAUACUAAACUGUUUCCUCACAGCACUGGGAACAUUUCACGGCAUUAUUCUACUAUGGGGAAUAGCCUUCAAGAGGCUAACAAGAGGAGAAAAACAGAACCUUUGAUGGUUGCUCAUGAUCAUUCCUUAGCACCCAAAGCUGAUGAUUUUUCUCUUGAAGUUGAUAACGAGAGUGAACCACAAGUGGACAAGGACAUUGUGGAUUCAGGAAAAGGACAUAGGGAUGCAGGAGAGCAGAAAGCUUUAGAGAUUGUCAAUUCACAUAAAGAGACCAUCAGGGUUGCUCAGGAAUGCACCAACAUGGUUCACAGUGAACAUAUCCUGGAAAAAAAAGGAAUGCAGAAGCAAAUGAAUCCACAUGCCAAAGAAGAGACUAAUCAAGAUCUAAUCUUGCAUAAACAAAAUGAUGAGAAAACAAAUUCUUGUGAGGUGGAGGCUCCUGUAGCUGAGUCAGGUGACUGUGAUUCUCCUUCCAAAGCAAUCGCUAGCUCUGAGAACAUCAAUUCUCAGGGCAAGGUCAUUGAGGUAUCUGCACGCAGCCAUCUAGAAACAGUAUGCUCAAAAUAUGAUUCACCAUCUGGAUCAAACAUGCACAAAGAAGGAAAUUCUGCUGGUCCAGCUCGAAUGUCUCCAGAGCUGGAGGAAAGGCAACAUGUGGAGGUUCAGGUAAAAGUUGACACAGAGCAUGAUUUGUCUGUCAGUAAUGCAAACCUAGAGAGAUCUUUUGAUGGUCCAAAUCCAACUGAAUGCGACAAGGAAAUCUCUGCCAUUGGUCAUGGGAGUCAAGACCAUAUUCAAUCUUCGCAGUCACAUGAACUCUCAGCCUGUGCAAAACCUUCGAGCUUGGACUUAGCGAAAACAAAAUCGGAUACUUUCGGUUUUCAAGCUCAACUUCAACACCAGUUGGGGGAUGCUCAAACACAUCAAUCUAAUAACCUUUCACAAAACAUGCAACAACAAGAGCUUACAAUGGCUCAGAAUGUUCAAACAUCUGCACAGAUUCACGAUCAAUUAGUUGCACAGUCUAAUCAUGGAAACCAACAGUAUCUCCAAGUGAUGCAAGGGUAUGCAUCACAAAUGGGGCAAUAUUACCAGCAACAACUGUAUUACCUGCAGGCUCAGCACAAUCAACAGAUGCAGAGUCUGCAACAGCAACAGCUUCCAACUGAGCAUCUUCAGCAAAAUUUUAUGCAGCAAGUACAACAGCUGAACCAGCAAAUGGUACUUUGGCAACAACAAGUGCAGCAGCAGCAACAAGUAGUACUACAACAGGCACUGCCAGUCCAGCAACUUCCUGAUGAAAAACAGGGUCAGUGUCCUUCCGGGGAUACCAAACACGACCAAAAUAAACAGCAGCAAAAAGCACCUCAAAUAGAUCAACAAAGCCAGCAGUUGCAGCAACAACAGCUUCUUUAUCUCCACCAACAGCAGCAGCAGCAACAACAAAUGUAUCUUAUACAGCAGCAGCAGAUGUAUCAACAACAGCAAGCUCAGCAACAGCAGCUCUUUCAGCAGCAGUUAAUGCAACAACAACAGUAUGUACUGCAGAUGCCACAGCAACAGCAAGACUCAGUUCAGCAGCAACUGUUUCACCAACAACAGCAGCAGAUGAUGCUUCUUCAGCGACAGCAGCAACAGCUUAUGCAACAACAGAUCCAACAGUGCUUGCAACAGCAACAAAACCAACAAGGGCCCAAGGAUCAGACUUACAAGUCAAAUCCUCAGGAUGGAAGGAACAGGCAAAUUGAGCAUGGGCAACUGUCUGAAGCUUCACAGAGUGAUGGUUCCAAACUGCGCAGCAGUGAACAAUCUGAGUUAUCCUAUCCCUCAACUCCUCAGUCACAACACUUGAAUCACUGAAUCAUUUAGGGUUAUGUAUCAACGAACAUACUUAAGAAACAUGGAAGGCGCAUAUCUAUUUCCUUGUGUUGCUGCCAGUAGAUGCUGAUUCUGUACUUUGUCCGAGUGGUGAUGAUGUGCUUCCCUCCUGAAUGGUGAUGAAGCUUCAACUCCAUGCUACAAAUUUUAUAGUGGUGGGCGCACCAUGCACCUCAACUGACAGGUGAGGUGACUUGAAUCACAAGAACUAGUCUCUUUGGAAUCGCAUCCUGCAAAAUCUCAGCUGUGGUUGAUAGCUUGUUAUGAGAUUCUCAGUAAUGCUCACAUGUCAAGGAAAACGGGCGAUGUGAUGUAUUGGGGAGUUGAAUUGCUGGGCCUUAGUGAGGUGCACUCAUUUUUUUCAAUUGAGACUUAGUCAAGCAGGUAUAUCAAGAUUAUAUUUGGAUGAAGCGUGUGAUAUCCUGUUAUGGCUCUUAUAUACUAUAAUGAUAUCAUGUAUGGUAUAGCUCUGGCACAAUAGGGCUGAAAAGAAAGCAACUACCAACAGCCUGGAAACUUACAAUUCCGCCAACCUGGUGGUACACGUGUUCAUUCAUACACAGGAAUUCACUUGGCAUAUUACGGAUGUGUCAACGUCAUAGGUGAUAAUGUUAGAUACUGAACAUAGUUGUUUUAUUUUAAGUGUUUACCUGCUCAAGCAUACUAAUUGUAGGGAUUGUAAUAUGAGAUUCUAUGUUUUUUUAUGGUUAUGUUGUGUUUGGUGCAGAAUCUGAUUAGAAAAUGAGAUAUAAAAUGCCCCGUGUUAGGACAUGUACA